AUGGCGUCCUCUAACAAUCCUCGCAAAUUUAGCGAAAAAAUCGCUCUGCACAACCAGAAGCAGGCGGAGGAGACGGCGGCGUUCGAGGAGGUGAUGAAGGAGCUGAACAUCAGCCGAGCUGCCCGGUUGCAGUUACAGAAGACCCAGUAUUUGCAACUAGGGCAGAAUCGUGGACAGUACUAUGGAGGCUCACUGCCCAAUGUCAAUCAGAUUGGAAAUGGCAACAUUGACCUGCCUUUUCAGAACUCGGUGCUGGAUACCAGUCGAACAACCAGGCACCACGGGCUGGUGGAGCGUGUUUACCGCGACCGGAACCGCAUCACAUCUCCUCACCGCCGGCCGCUGUCAGUCGACAAACAUGGACGCCAAAUUGACAGCUGUCCUUACAGCUCAGUUUACCUCUCACCACCGCCAGACACUAGCUGGAGAAGGACAAAUUCAGACUCUGCCUUACACCAGAGCGCCAUGAAUCCGAAGCCCCAGGAGGUGUUUGCAGGGGGAUCACAGGAGCUGCAGCCUAAACGAGUUCUGCUGCUAACAGGGAUGGAGGACUCUGAGUCGAACGCAGACCAGGAUGCACAGUUGUGGAAUGACAAGAAGGAUGAUUCGGAGCCCAACACAUGUGAUGUCCCUGGAAUUAAUAUAUUCCCAUCACCAGACCAGGAAUUGAACCCAUCUCUGCUCCCAGCUGCACACAACACCGGCGGUUCGCUGCCUGAUCUGACCAACAUCCAGUUCCCUCCUCCGCUGUCCACUCCGCUGGACCCCGAGGACACUGUGGCCUUCCCCUCCCUCAGCUCGUCCAACAGCACGGGCAUCCUCACCACCAACCUCACCCACCUGGGCAUCAGCGCAGCCAGUCACGGGAUCCCCACCUCCUCUCAGCCCACCAUGACUGUAACGUCACAGCGCCGGCAACCCCCCGUGGUGCCGCUCACCCUCACCUCUGAGCUCCAUCUCCAACAGUCGCCACAGCAGUUCUCUCCCGACCUGUCCUCACCGAUCAACAUCACACAGGCCGUACCAACAGAGACAUUGACCCUGGAGCAGCUUGCCCAGUAUCCCCUGUUCAACCAGUUGACGGUUCAGGCCCAGCUUCAGCUGCUCAGCGACCUGCAGAAGCAGCAGCAGGUCCUGUCGCAGGGCAUCCAGCUCAUCACGUUCCCGACUCCAGCCUCCACUGGCACCGCCAGCAGCCCCUCCCCAGACAGCCAGACCCAGACAAUCGCCAGCAUCAGCAUCAGCUCGUACCGCAAUCAGACUGGCUCACCAGCCACUCAGUCUCCAACCUCCCCAGUCUCCAAUCAAGGCUUCUCCCCCGGCGGCUCACCUCAACACAUCCCCGUAGUGGGCAGUAUUUUUGGCGACUCCUUCUAUGAUCAGCAGUUGACAUCGAGGCAGACCAAUGCACUUUCUCACCAGCUGGAGCAGUUCAACAUGAUCGAGAACCCCAUCAGCUCCGCCAGCCUUUACAACCAGUGCUCCACCCUCAACUACACACAGGCGGCCAUGAUGGGCCUCACUGGCAGCAGCCUACAGGACUCUCAGCAGCUCAACUACAGUGGCCACAGCAACAUCCCCAAUAUCAUCCUCACAGGUGAGUCUCCUCCGAGCCUCUCCAAAGAGCUGACCAACUCUCUGGCUGAUGUCGGCGAUGUCAGCUUCGACACAGACUCUCAGUUUCCUCUGGACGAGCUGAAGAUCGACCCGCUCACCCUGGACGGACUGCACAUGCUCAACGACCCCGACAUGGUGCUCGCCGACCCGGCCACCGAGGACACGUUCAGGAUGGACAGGCUGUAACGUUAGAGGCUGACUGGCCAAUAACAAGAAGAGGAAAAGAAAAAACAGAAAAACACUAACUUGUGAAAGGAGAGAAACAAAGGGCAGGAAGAACCCUCUCCCUCGUUGCAUGGCUGUCCAGCUGUCCGACCUCGCCCUCAUCUCCGUGAAGCCCUUUGAAACCACGCGCCACCAAAAGACAGCAGGGAACAGCACACCCAGUGGCUUGCUGGGGAACUGCCCUGCUGUCCCUUUGAAUGAGAUUGGUCGCUCAGUGCUUUCGCUAGCCUGCUGUGUUUACAGUGUACCAUUA